GGAGCGAAGCAGCCAGCACUGCAGCAGCAGGGUGUUUGACGGCUACUUAACGGAGAGCCCCCAAAAAAAAAAAAUCCUCUUUUGCCUUAUCUUCCUCCUCCCUCACAAUCAAAUCUCCCAUUCUCUUCUCUUCUCUGCGGCCGUUGAGUCGUCUCUCUGUCCAGGUAUACUCACCCUUGCUUCAGUGCUCUUAGGGUUUUCUCCAAUCUCCCUCAAUUUCAUCAUCACCCAUCUCUUCUUCAAUUGAAUUCGGACUUCGGUUUUCUUGCUUUUACCCCCCUGAUUGUAUCUCUUCUUCCUUGAUCUCUCUUUCGUGGGUUUUGUGUCAGAUAUAACAAAAAAAAAGAUUGGGUAUUCCGACACAAUCGAUCAUCCAAUAACCCAUUCGCCGCUGUCUUCUCAAUCAGCCGUAAAAAAUGGCAGCUGAUCAGAGGAGAAAGCGGAUGAACAGUGCCAAUGUUAUUGGUUUCAGUUCACGGGAGCAUUAUAGAGCUAAAAGGAAAAAGAUUGGAUCAUCACCCGAUGGUGCUUUGCGUUCCGGUGAUCACAUCAGUCUUGAGUGGGACCGCAACAGAAGUAAAGUAGUCUCUAAGAAGGAACAAGUUGGUCUGAGUUUUAGGCAUCUUCGAGAAUUUGUUGAUGUUGUUCCUCCUAGGCGGAAUAUCUUGGCACAAGUAUGCCCCGUUCCCCAUGAGACUUUCCAGUUGGAAAAUUUGUCAGAGGUGCUUUCUAAUGAGGUUUGGCGCUCUAGUCUAUCUGAUGGCGAAAGAAAUUAUCUGCGGCAGUUUCUCCCUGAUGGAGUUGAUGUGGAGCAAGUUGUACAAUCAUUGCUCGAUGGGGACAAUUUUCAUUUUGGAAAUCCUUUUCUUGAUUGGGGAAGUGAUGUCUGUUCCAGCAAAGCUCAUCCAGAUCAAAUUGUUUCUAGAGAGGAAGGCCUGAGGGCUGAUAAAAGGAGAUACUAUUCGGAUUUAGAGAAAUACCAUCAUGAUAUUAUAGAUUAUUUGCAGACGUUGAAGGAGAAGUGGGAAACCAGCAAAGAUCCAGAGAAGGAUGUUGUCAACAUGAUGUGCGGGAGAUCAAGAGGGGCCAGUGCACAUGUAAAUGGUAGCUGCCAGGAUCUAACUGCUACCUCAGAGUCGAGUUCCGGGACUGCAGAUGAGAAACCAUACAGUAGUGAUAAUAAGAUUUCUUCGGUUGUCAGGACUGGAGAGGUUCAGAGAAGGCCCAAGAGCUCUGCUGUAGAGAAAGAAAAAUCUCAAAGUCCCUUGAUUGCUCGAGAUAAUGUUGUAAACGCAGGCGUCAAAGCUAGAAAGAAGGACACCCUACCGAAACAUAGCAUUCAGCAAACUGAUGGGGCUAAAUACAUGUCCUACCUUAAGAUAAGCAAGAAGCAGCAUCAGAUUGUCACAAGCAUGAAGCAGUCUGGUAAAAGCAUUCAAUCAAGAGCACUUAAUCGAAUCUUGGGUAGCAUCAAUAAUUUGGAUGUUCAACCAUAUGGAGUUUUUGUGGAAGAAGAAGAGAAGAAACUAAACGCCCACUGGCUACAACUGGUUAAAGAUCUUCCUGCAGCAUAUGCAAUAUGGCAAAAGCUACAGUUACAGAAAUCUUCUCCUUCUCCUUGUUCUCCCAGCAGGUGUCAUGGCCUUAUCCAAACGGAGGUUGAAGCAAAUGAUUAUUCCAGCUCUAUACAAGGUCAGUCUCUCCCACAGGCUUCAUUUCCUAGUGAGCCCCAUGCGACAAUUCUCGGUGAUGCAAAUCCUGUAGGCAAGCACUCUGUAUCAGACCUAGAGAAUGCUUCGUCAGAUCAGAGGAUUCCUUGUAUUACUUCAAGCCAUGGAGAAGGUUCGCAGUUUUGUUCUGGUGGAGAUGUGUGGGAACAAGUGGGAGGAAUAAGGCAGUCCUACAUUAGCCGCCAAGCUUACGCCCCCAGUGGUGGAUUGUCAAUCAUACACCAUCCUGAAGGUGAUGAAGCAGCUAAAAACUGUUUCAUAGACCUAGAAUCGAAUAUGCCUGAAGAAGUUGAUAGGAGGAAGAUGUUGCAGCGUAAAGCAAACAACAGUUUUGGUUCUUUCCCUAGCAAUGAUCAAAAUGAACUACUCCAGUCUUUGUUUAAUGGCCAAGGUGUGGCAUCUCGCACUACUGAGCAGCUCCACUCUCUUCUCAAAGUCCCUCAUAAUGAGGAGCAUAAACAAAUUAUGGGAAUUGGUUUUCAUCAGGAAGGAAGCAACAACCUGAUGGAGAGUAGUCAGUUUUCUGGUCAGUUUCAUGAUCAGAUACCUGCACCACAUGCACUUUCCCACGACCAGCAGAGACAAAUUGACGUCUAUGGCCAAGGAAGCAUGUCAGACAACAUUUACUCCAAUGGACGUGGAUUCAUGAUGCAGCGGCCGGACUGGAACCCCAAUUGUGCUCAGAUAGGAGUUACCCCACAGCCCCGUUUGAGCACUGGCCCUUUGUUAAAUCAGAACUGGCAUUUUAAGAGUAUGUGGGCAAACACAAAUGGUGUCGGAUGUACAAGUCAAGGCAGUCAAAUCGGGACCGAAAGAGAUCCGAGCCUUCUUCGAGUUGUUAAUAACGCGGAGCAGAUAGUUCAUAGAGGGAGUACUUCAGAUCAAAGCUUAUUCUCUGUUCUCUCUCAAUGCAGUCAAUUGCGCCAUUCCAGAUCUGCUUUCGAGCCAGAAAGUUCGAGUGAUCAAGUGGUUGCACCUGGUAACUACGGAAUGCUGAUGGGGGGAGGUACAAAUCAGGUAGGCAGCAAUUUGGUUCAGCCUGCGAACCCGCUUGAUUACUUGAGCGGUAGCAACCCGGUAACAUCUUUGAUGCCAGAUGAUGUAGCGUGGAUGAACCAGAGCCGCCAGAACUCUGGUCUCCAUGACCCACUAGGCAAGCUGUAUCCAAGGUCAUGGAAUCCGUAAGUUAUAUAUGCUUUUGAAGUUUUGCGUUGCAGAAGAAGCACCUGGAAUAUACAAAACCCAACUUGGGUUCUUAGUUUUCUUUUCUGUGCCUGUACAUACAAAGAUACAGAGGAACUUUGGUUUUGUACAUAUUUAGAUUUUGAGAUAUGGAUUAGGACGAAAAUGAGGAUACUCCAGCUACCUUUCGACUUUUACAUUUUGUCUUCUCACCCUCUCUCUCUCAAGUAUUGUUUAAUUCCUUUUGGCAUAAAAAAUGUUACAAUACCAAUGUCGUCUUUUUUU